AUGAGGUCAUCAUCAUUUGGCAGGAGGCAGUUUACAAAGAAUGAAGUGGGUAGUUGGUCAAUACUCAUCAUGAGGCACCGUUAUCUGUUAUCUGUUUUAGCUCUACUAACUAUCAUAUGUACAGUUUAUCUUUACUUUGCUAUUGCUUUUGGGUCCAGAGAUUCAUGUUCUGGAUUGAGUGGGCCUAAGAAAGCUUCUUGUCUUAUGAAGCUUGUUAAGAGUGAGCUCAGAAGUACUGACACCAGACAUUUCUGA